AUGAUUGAAUUGAUUGAAUUUAUAUGGAAUAUGUACUUCAAACAAGAAGAAAGAGGAGUACUGCAACUUUUCUAUGUUGAGGAGUUGGAAGAAACAAUCAUUGAAUGCCUACGUAAGCAUGACAAGAAGAUCGAAAUAGUAUCGGAUGAAACCACAAAAGUUUUCUACGAGAUGAAGAGUAUUCAGAAAGUAUUGGUUCUAAGUGGUACAAAGAAAGAUAUUUCACGAACAAAAGGUGACUCUAAACUCAAUCGUUAG